AUGGGAAAUGCUAACUCGGAUCGAUUCCAUGAAAAUAGUACUUGGUAAAAUGCAAACACCAGAAGUUCAAUCAUGAAUUAUUCAUCAAAUUCGGAUGAGAGCAAUGAUUCAAAAUCAAAAGAAAGACCAAUGUACUCCAUCACUAAAAAUCCUAUAGUAUAAAGACGAAAAUUGAAACAACACAAACUCUAAUCUAAUAAACUUAAUUUACUCACUUAUGAAGCCUUUGGAGCCUAUUAUUGA